AUGACCUAUUUAACAGUUGUGAUAUUAGGACCGAAACUCAUGAAGAAUCGACAGCCAUUUGAGUUUAAAAGACUUAUCUUAGUCUACAACAUCACCGUUGCUGUGUUGAAUGCGUACAUCUGCUACGAGAUAUUCUUGAGAACAACUCUACUGAAGUACACCUGGACCUGCUUGUCCAAUAAGCCUGAUCCAACGGAUCCCAAUGAAGUACGCCUAUCAACGGCAAUGUGGAUGUAUUACAUCACUAAAUACAUGGAAUUUCUUGAUUCUUUCUUCUUCGUGCUGCGCAAGAAGGAAAAUCAACUUUCUUUUUUGCAUAUUUAUCACCAUGCAACAAUGACUCUAUACUCUUGGAUUCUUGUUAAAUUUAUCCCCUACGGAUUAUCCUACAGUCCCAUGAUGUUUAAUUCUGGUGUCCAUGUUAUCACGUACAUCUAUUAUGGAUUGUCGACUCUUGGUCCAACCGUUGCCAAGUAUCUUUGGUGGAAAAAGUACAUAACAUUGAUUCAAAUAAUUCAAUUUAUCAUCGGAAUGACAGUCGCACUAACUGCCUAUUUUACUGAAUGCGCAUUCAUCACACCACAAAUGUACUUGAUACAUUUCCUCUUCAUCGGUGGCUUUUUAUUCCUUUUCCUCAAAUUCUACAUUGCCUCGUACAAGAAACCAAUGAAAGCCACCAAAAGCUCAAAAGUUCAGUAG